AAAUGAUCCGCAUAGGCUAGCUAUGAGAUCUAAAAUGUGCAGACUGCAAAGUGUAUAAAAACUUUAAUAGUCGACGUUUUGUAUAACGAUGUAACCGAGGACAAAUCAUCCACACGCCCCUUUGAUUCCUUGACAAUGAAUGUUCGUACGGGAUACAGUCCAGUCAUGCACGGGUUAAACUGGGCGGAGAAAGCCAUGGUAGACCAGUCUCGGUAACGCGGAUUAGAGCGACAUGUAGCUUAAAUUUGGUGCAAAUGUCAACUACCUAAUGUCAGAGCUGUGCAUGUGCGGUCUGUCUGAAUGGAAAAUAAUUUAAUAAUGAGAACAAUUAAGGCGUAAAUACAUUAUUUCCGAUCGUCGGCCUUCUCAACCUAUUUAUAUGUACAGUACGCAACCUAGCGUAUCUGCAACUUGUUUUUACUAUGGAACUAUUUGCCACAAUUGAUCAAGGGGGUAGCGUUUUGGACAUGUCGGAUCUGAAUCUAGAGAGUUUGAAUUUAGACUCUGUCGAUGGCGAACGGAGGAGAGUGACCCAACAACUAUACAUCUAUAACAAUAGACUGACAGUGUUGCCUCCAUCUGUAUGUCUAUUUUCCAACCUGGAAGUUCUGGAUAUUAGCAACAAUGGAUUAACGGGUCUCUGUGAGGACUUUCCACUUUUGUCUAACCUCAAAACACUUAUAGCCAAGAACAAUCGUCUGAACCAAUUUUCGUUCCCAAAGGAAUUUGGAUCCAUGCAACUCGAUACACUGAACUUCAGUGGGAAUAGAUUUGAAGAGGUGCCCGUGCAGUUUUUAAAGCUACAGCGGUUAAAAUAUUUGUCACUUGGAGGUAACAGACUCAAAAGCAUUCCUGCGGAGAUAGAGAACGUUGCUAGUUUGGAGAUGCUCUAUUUGGGUGGAAACCUCAUUGCCUCCAUCCCCCCAGAGCUGGCCAACCUUUCUGCUCUCAGAUACUUGGUCCUAUGUGACAACCGGAUUCAGAGUGUACCGCCGCAGCUCACCAGACUGAACUCCCUGCGCUGUCUAAGUCUCCAUAACAACCUGCUCACCUACUUACCACGGGAGAUUCUCAACUUGGUGCACCUGCAGGAGCUCAGUCUCCGUGGCAACCCCCUGGUUGUCCGAUUCGUCAAGGAUAUGACUUACAAUCCUCCCUCGUUGUUGGAGCUUGCUGCACGGACCAUCAAGUCCCGGAACCUGCCAUACCGUCCUGAAGAUCUGCCUGGAAAUCUGGUGCAUUACCUGGGCUUAGCCAGCAAGUGUCCCAACCCUAAAUGUGCUGGUGUGUACUUUGACUCGUGUGUGAGGCACAUCAAGUUUGUGGACUUCUGCGGGAAAUAUCGCUUGCCCCUUAUGCACUACCUGUGCUCCCCAGAAUGCACCUCUCCCUGCAGCUCCAACCCGCAGAGCGAUGCAGAGUCGGACGAUGAAAGGAGCGUGGCGGCCGUCAGGCUGCAGAGAGUGCUUCUGGGAUAGGAGGAAAUGUGGGUGCUUCUGGUUCCAAAACAGGGGAUGUUGGACCAUUCCCAUGACUCCAAACAGCCGACUAACCACUCCUGUGCCAAACACAAUAUAAAACACUGAUGCUGAGCAGAUCACACGUUUAACAUGGGAUAUGUGGAAUUCCUCCAAGCACUAUGUGUAACAUAAACGAUCCACAGGAUAUUACUGAUAUUUUGAGCCUUAGUGUUUUAAACAUCUAAGCAGACUUUAUGAAGUACAAUAGACAUUUUUGGGCUGUAGAGCACUGAUUAAAUGUGCAGUAUGUGUUGAAACAGCCAGGAAUAAAAGGUGACAGUCGG